AUGCAUGGCGAAGCAUACCUGACAGAGAGUGACGAAAAUGAACGAACGAGAAUUCUUGAUGCAGCACGAUCACUGGUCUACGCGCUAGAGACUCCCCGAGAGGCUAUCAUCCGGCACUGCUGGUCCCAGAGCACGAUUUAUGCAGGUGUGGAAACCGGUGUCGACCUGGGGAUUUUCACUGUCUUAUCUCAGGACGACAAACCGAAGACAGCCGGCCACCUUGCCGCAGCGACCGGCGCUGACCCAACAAUGAUUGCUCGCAUCCUGAAACACCUCGCGGCUAUGGGCGUAAUUACGGAAACUGGGCCUGAUGAAUACCGUCGGACGGGAUUUUCCAUCGCAAUGAUGUCCAACAGAUACAGUGAUUCUUAUCCUUGCAUGACUGGCUGCAUCACCGAUGGCGUCCUUGCUCUCCCCGCUCAGCUCAAGAAAACGAACUACCACAACCCCAGCGAUGGAAAGAAUUGCGCCUUCCAGCGUGGUUUCAGAACACCUCUCCAUUUUUUCGAUUUUCUCGAAAAGAACCCCAUCCAUGCAAUUCAAUUUAACAACCACAUGUCGGCAUACCACCAAGGACGACCAAGCUGGAUGGACGUUGGCUUCUAUCCGGUAUUGUCUCUAGUCGCCGAAGCAAAUAUCGGUGAUCAGGAUGUUUUACUUGUCGACAUUGGUGGAAGCCUGGGACAUGAUCUGUCAGAGUUUCGUCGCAAAUGGCCACAGGUUCCAGGUCGGCUUAUCCUCCAAGAUCUACCCAAGGUUGUGGAACAAGCCAGAAGCAUGGAUCUGGAUCCGGCCAUUGAGCUUAUGACACAUGACUUCUUUACAGAACAACCGAUAAAGGGCGCCCGUGCAUACUACAUGCAUUCUGUUCUGCAUGACUGGACAGACGAUGACUGCCGUCGCAUAUUGGCUAAUAUUAUCCCUGCCAUGAAGCGGGGGCACAGCAAGCUGUUGCUGAAUGAGAAUGUUAUCCCAAGCACAAAUGCAUACUGGGAAACUACGAGUCUUGACAUCAUCAUGAUGGCGGACUUUGCGUCGACUGAACGCACGGAGAAGCAGUGGCGAGCGCUGGUGGAAUCGGCCGGCCUCAAGAUCACCAGGAUAUGGACCGUACGGAGGGGUGUGGAGAGUCUGAUAGAGUGCGAACUGGCUUGA